CUCCACGUGUGAAAUCAGGGAAAUCAUUCGUGACCAUGUUCUGUCAUCCAGUGGUAGCGAUCGACGAUGACCGUUUGACCCCUGGUCGUUGUUGCGUGGAGUCCUGCUGACCCCCUGCCCACCCGGCCGGUCAGACAUGUUCAUUAUUUAGUUGUGUGAGAGGUCGUGAGCUUCAGCGCCAUGUUUGACUGCUUUGACAACGUCCGAAUAAAAAGUUGAAUAUUCUGGAAGGGGCUUCUCGUACGCAAAUUGGAUGAGGUAAAUGACUGUGUUUACCUAUUACACUGAAUAGCUAGCUUGGACACUCAAUAGAUGCUCCCGAUUCAAGCCGCAUGAGAAGACAGACAGAUUGGUAUUCAUAACCAGUUCUGUUAAGCAAAAUGGAGGACGUGGAAUAUGUUGAUGGCCAUCUACCCCCCUCAGAAGAAAACAGGGUACGCAGAGCACAUAAAAUCUCCAACGCAUCCCCGAAGGCAUUAGAUGAAGACACUCCUUUGUUGGACUACAGGGGGAGCAUUAAGUCCUACAAGAGCCGGUGGUAUGUUCUGGUGGUGUUCUCGUAUGCGGCUCUACUUCAGACAGGAUCGUGGAACACUUUCGGACCUAUUGCUCAGUCAGCUAAGGCUGUGUUCGGGUGGACGGAUGCCAAUAUAGGCAUGUUGAACAACUGGGGGAAUAUUAUGAACGUUGUGUUCAUGUUUCCGAUGGCCUGGUUGUUGGAUGUCAAAGGACUGCGGAUAUCAAUGCUGUUGUGCGCUGUGCUGAUGGUGUUUCUCACGGCCAUAAGAUGCAUAACGAGUGAAGCAGUAGCAGCGACAUGGUUAAUAAAUAUCGCCGCUAUUGUGAAUGGUGUGGCUGGCACUGUGCCAUCCGCCGGCCCCGCCCUCCUCUCUGCCACGUGGUUUCCCCCAAAAGAGAGGGCCACAGCUACAGCCGUGUCAUCUGUCUCAGGCAUCCUCGGCAUAUCUAUCGGCUUCAUCAUUGGGCCGCUCUUGGUGCCGCAACCAGAAGAACAAUCCUUGAACAUGACGGACACACUACACAUGAAUUCGUCAAGUCAGGGGAAAUCCAAUGCAUUCAACGUGACGACAUCACCCGCUAACCUGUCCGAGAUGAGAAGCGGCAUCAUGAGACUCAUUGUAACUCUGUGUGUCGUGUUUUAUGCUUCUACUGACAAUAUUAUCUCUGUAUUCCACGUGUUAACUGUGCUGUGUACAGAAUGUGGAGCUUGUGUGCUGCUGCUGUUCCUGGUGGUGGUGUACUUCCCCGCCAAGCCCCCCUCUCCCCCAAGCCUCACAGCGUCUAUGGAGAGGACAAGCUACCUACAGGGGCUCAAGGGACUAUUCACACAUAAACGCUUCCUGGUGAUCAUGGUGGCCUUCAGUGUCCCGACGGGAGUUUUUAACGUGUUUGGAGCUGUACUGGAUGUGGUAUUGGACGGUAUCGGAAUAACGCAGUACCAUGCCGGUUGGAUUGGGUUUUAUGCCACGACAGGUGCUUGUGUAGUGGCACUACUGAUGUCCAGGAUUGUUGAUCUGUUUCUACGUCACAUGAAGAUGCUGCUGUUGGUCCUAUUCGUCUUGGCAACAACCGCCACACUCUGGUUUGUCCUGCUGCGUCUGUCCUUCAUCCCCUUCAGUAUGGUGUCACUGUACAUCUCCUGCAUCUUGAUGGGGGUCUUCAUCAGUGGUGGUACCCCGCUGUUCUACGAGCUUGGUUGUGAGGCGUCAUACCCUAUAGCCGAGGGAGUGACAGUCGGUGUUCUCACACUUGCCAACAACCUGACUGGUGUCAUCUUUUUGUCUGUGCUGCAGAUCCCAAAAAUAGGUGUUGUGUGGAUGCCCUGGUGCAUCCUGGGAUCUGUAGCAGCUACAAUACCCCUACUCCUGUUGUUCACAGAGAACUACACCAGGACUGACAUCGACACACAGACGAUCACAGUUCCAGAGCCAGAAAAGGGUGGUUCUGCUUAAUCAAAACAAACAAGAAACUUGGUUGAUGGUAAACAUCACACACGCUGACACCGCAGAUUGUGUAUCAAAAUACUCCUUUGACAGGGGAAUCGGUGCCUAAUCUAAAUGGAGACCUAGGUACUGGUAUUACUGCCCAUGGUAUAGGGAGUUUAUCUUGACUUGUUAAUGAAUCUAGCUAUCUGAUUGACCAGUGGACACUAGGCUGGUGGGCUUCAGCGAAAAUAAUGACAUCCUAUUGUUUGAAGCGACGUCAUUUGCUUCUUACGUUGCAUCUGUUCGCACCUACCUAAAUACCUAACUGAAAGUCCGAUGUUGGUAACAAUACAGAUCAAAGCGUCAAAAAUGUUAUCACAAUAAGUCUUGUGAAGACAUAAGGUUAAUAUCGAUACAUGAGUGAGUUGUGUGAUUUACGUUAUUUUACGAGUUUUUGUAUAUUGGUGUGAUUGUGUCUAAGAAAUGUGUAAUGUACAUACAACAUGUACAGAUACAUUAGUGCUUUGUUGAUUUUAACAAGCAUUAUUAUCAAGACGGAGAAUAUCAUUCCAUCGGUCUUAGCGCUAGUUCAUUAGCUACGCUAAUAAAAACAGGGAUGCUAUUCCGGAAACCAGGGCCCCGUUCCUCAAAGCGAUCUUAUAAUUAGAGCUAAGAUGAUCGUAAGCCUUUGUUAAAGUAUGGGACUUACGAUCACCUUAGCGCUAAGAUUGCUUUUAAGGAACGGGGCCCAGGUCUUGGUAUUUAAAGAGUCGUUUAGCAAUAUUAUUGUAUCACGCGCUUGUGUUAAUUAAUCACAGUUUGGGUUUAAUGUCACUUUGAAAAGUAUUCAGUCAUCCCACAACGUGUCAGUUGGAUGUGGAAGGAAUAUACAGAUUUAAUAUAUAUACAUCCCUACAUGUGCACAUACACACAAAAGUGUAAGCUGUAAUCAGAGACCAUAUAAUAGGUCUAUUAUAUGGUCUCUGCUGUAAUAUUAUUCAAUGUGGCCAUGCGUUCACCAUGCAUGGGUUAACAAAAUACACUCAUAACAUGUGAAGAUAAUUGUAUUGUAGGCUUGUAAAUAAAACAAUAUGUAGUGAGUACUGAUGCAAUACAAGACAAAUUUAUUUUAAGUAAUUCAUUAUGUGACAAGCUACACUACUGCCUAGAAGUUCAUUCCCCUUUCACGCAUGGGCAACGCGUUACGCAACCCGUGUGCACCCCGUUGGUCACUCGUGUGGAACCCGUACGC